AUGGAGCGGAAGGAGCCUCUGGAUUUCUCUUCUUACUUUUGUUUUGAAGCCUCCGGUGAUUCUGAAGAAGCUGAUUGUGAUGAUCCCAUCUUUGCUUGUGAAAUGACCCGAGCAUAUGGUGGUGCUGGUCAUCAUUGUGAUGAUAAUGAUGACGCUCUAUCUUGCAACUACGAUGGAUCUGGUGCUUGUGAUGCUGCUGAAUUCGAUGAGUCUUGUGAGGAUGAACCAGGUGAUGAGAUUUCGAAGAAAGAGGUGGAUGAGGAUGAGAAAAGUGGGGUUUAUGGAAUGUCAUAUUGUGAAGAUGACGAGAUGGAAGAAGAACACAUGAAGUCCUAUGUGUCUUUUGAUUCGAGCCAGGAGUUUGUGGAUGAGAUGGAAAAGAACAGGCUGUUCUGGGAAGCUUGCUUGGCAUCUUGA